CCAUGGUGGUUGACUGACUUGUAGUGCAGCUCUGAAUAUGCACACUGUCUGCAAGCUUCCCUGAGUGUUGACGCCUUCUGAAUGAAGACACCUGGUGAGCGAAGCCAUCAGUGUCUCUGCAGGGGACACUACCUGUGGCUUAACAAAGGGUUAAUAACGAUGGGUGUUCCCUUUCCCCUUUACUCCCUCCCAGUCUAAUCUCUCUCACUCUCUCCUUGCUCCUCUACCACGAGCUCUGGAGUCACUCCUGGGUUUAAAGCAAUAAUUAUACACAGGAAUAGUGUGAAAGCUGAGCGCAAGGAUUCUUUCUGUCCAUUUCCAGGACUUUUAUUAGUGGAAAGAAAAGAAGCCUCAUUCUUUCACACCUGCAAGGUGAGCUCUGGAAGAGAGGGUUUCACCAGUCUAGCAAGUCUACACUCAUACUUCAUCAGAAUGGAGCUUCAGAAGAUGAAUGGACACAGUCGCGAUGGCGGGUUUGAUGGCCUGGAUGCCAUGGCUGAACAUGAGGAGUUCCUCCCUCACAAAGGUGGUGCCAAAAAAGAAACCCACUUCACAGAUUUUGAGGGGAAGACCUCUUUCGGAAUGUCCAUUUUUAACCUCAGUAAUGCCAUAAUGGGCAGUGGAAUUCUGGGACUGGCCUUUGCAAUGUCCAACACCGGAAUCAUUCUUUUUAUAAUCCUGUUGGUGUUCAUAGCUAUUCUUUCAGCAUAUUCAAUCCACCUCCUGCUGAAAAGUGCAGGAGUUGUUGGCAUCCGAGCAUAUGAGCAACUUGGAAACAGAGCUUUUGGUCCUCCAGGGAAACUUUUGGCCGCCGUUAUCAUCACAGUACACAACAUUGGAGCGAUGUCCAGCUACCUCUUUAUUGUAAAGUCUGAGCUCCCUCUGGUGAUUCAAGCUUUUCUUGGCAAACAUGAAAACACAGGAGAGUGGUUCUUGAAUGGAAACUAUUUGAUCAUCAUUGUUAGCGCUGCCAUCAUCCUUCCUCUUGCACUCAUGAAACAACUUGGUUAUUUGGGUUAUACAAGUGGCUUCUCCCUUUCUUGCAUGGUGUUCUUCCUUUUUUCGGUGAUUUAUAAGAAAUUCAAAAUCCCUUGUCCACUGGAGGACAGUCAUCAUAACACAUCUUUCAUUGCUGACAACAUCACACUCAGUGAGGACGAUGAAGACUUUUGUGAUGCCAGGUUCUUUACCAUCAACUCACAAACGGCAUACACCAUCCCAAUUCUGGCUUUUGCAUUUGUCUGCCACCCUGAGGUGCUACCCAUCUACACUGAGCUAAGAGAUGCCACCAAGAAGCGAAUGCAGAAUGUUGCCAACAUUUCCAUCUUGGCCAUGUUUAUCAUGUACCUGCUAACAGCUCUUUUUGGCUACCUCACCUUCUAUGGUGCCGUGGAGUCCGAGCUGUUGCACACUUACAUUCGCGUGGAUCCCCUGGAUGUCCUGGUCCUUUGUGUGCGCCUGGCUGUGCUCAUGGCUGUCACUUUGACUGUACCUGUGGUUCUCUUCCCGAUCCGCAGGGCCAUCCUCCAGAUCUUGUGCCCCGACAAGCCUUUCCAAUGGGCCAGACACAUUGCCAUAGCGUUUUUCCUAAUCUUUUUGGUCAACCUGCUGGUCAUCUUUGUGCCCUCCAUCCGUGACAUUUUUGGACUUAUCGGAGCCACAUCAGCCCCCAGCCUCAUUUUCAUCCUACCUGGAAUCUUUUACAUACGAAUCAUUCCGUCAGAGCAAGAGCCCUUUCUGUCAAGACCCAAAAUUCAGGCUGCAUGCUUUGCUGCUGUGGGAUUCAUCUUCAUGAUUGUGAGUUUGUCAUUUAUCUGCAUGGACUGGGUUAGCGGAGAGAACCGGAGCGGAGGUGGACACUAGAUGCCCUCAGUGCUCUGAGAUCCAAACGAUGACAUAAUGUGAACCAAAGCCCUUCCUUUCGAUUCAUUAACCUUGGCUGUUCCAAGCAGCCAAUCAGCACAUGCUAGCUGUUAACACCACAAAAUAAAUUGACUCCUGAAGGGGCAGACCAAUGGAGGGGAGAACACAGAUGCACGUUCUGACUGAACGCAACAUUUGCCAGUGCCCCACAAAAAGGAUGGUGCUUGUGGUGAAACACAAAAGAAAAAAUGGCAACAACAUGACUCAGAUGGGAAUCCCAUUGAGGAUAUGAGUAUGCAUGUUUCGUGGAAAAGCUACGCCACUGCCAAAGUUCUCUUUAUUUACUUCCCAUAUCAUAUUUGCAGGCUAUAUAGUAAAGCUGGCAAUGUCACAAUGCAAAUAACUUCCUCGUCAUCAAAAUGAAUGCAACAUUUCAUUUGGUAUGCAAAUGUUUCCAUUUCAGAGCACCUUGAAUAGUUGAUGGUGAAAUGUUGUGCAGAUAGCAUCCAUCCUAAAAGAUGAGGGUUAGUGCCAUGCUAACCAUUUUAACAGUAUGCACAUUUUGUUGACUUUUGCUUUAAGUUAUGUGAUGUUUUAGUAACCGACUCUGACAGUUCGACUAUUGUGGAAUCCGAAGGGUGAUUGUGCAAACUGUGCAACAGAAAAUGAUGCAGUUUUUGGGGCUUUUGCUGCUGUAAAUGAAGGUCAACAGACAAAUCAUAAUGGUAUCAUCUGUUGUUGCAAAGCAAAGAAUGCAGUUACUGUAUAAUAUUGAGCUAUAGAGUAUAACACAGGUUUUUAGCAGCAACUGUCCAGCAUGGCAAUCAGUGGCAUGUGGAUCUUAUAAGUCUGUUGUCCUUUUUUCUAUGUACAUUUUGACUAAAAAUAUGUGUUGACAUUGUUGAUUCUUCUUGUACAUUGUUAAAUUAAUUUAACUUGAAUAUAUCAAGAAAAUGUGUCUCAUUUGUACCCCCUUUUGACUUGUUCAUCUAGAGCAGGGAUGUUCUAUUUUUUUAAGUCGAAUAUUAUUUGAAACAAAUAAAAACAACAGAGAAAGUUGUAAUUUUUUUUUAA